CCGACUCUGACAUUCUCCGUGCCUCGUGUGAUGACGUUGUAGCUGCCUCACGACCAGUCCGCACUACUGCCUUUGUCUACGCCUCUGAACGCCUCCGAGCAACUAAUCCUAGUAUCUAAGCUGCAUUCUGAGAAGAUUAAAUCGCAAUUUGCGUCAAUCCGGCAAGAUGAUUGGCAGCUUUUUCUUCAUUUGCAACCGCGUUCUGGAGCUUAUCUUCCUGAUUCCGAUCAUUGGAAUGAUGGCAUACUUUGUCAAUGGCUACCUCAAUGCGAACCAGAUCACCCCGGCCUAUAUCCUUGUUCUCUUCAUCGUCAGCGUCAUUGCGGCCUUCUGGUGCAUCGAUACCCUCAUCCGCUUCUCGACCACCAAGCGCUCUGCCAUGUUCGUCGCUUUCGUUGACCUCCUCUUCUUCGGUGCAUUUAUUGCGGGUGUCUACGAGCUGCGCUUUAUUGCGGGAGCCACUUGCUCUCACUGGGAUGGAGGUUCGGUGUACAUCUCCCUUGGACCCUUCGGAUACUAUGGCUACCGGUCCGGCAACCCCCUGUCCUUCCAUAUCAACAAGACAUGCGCGAUGCUGAAGGCUUGCUUUGCUUUGGGGAUCAUCGAAGUUGUCUUCUUUUUCUGGACUGCCAUUCUAGCACUUGCCAUCUAUCGGCGACCGGAGGUUGUUGUCAAGGAGACCACUGUCCGGAGGAGGAGUCACAGCAGUCGACGGGGCCACCGGCGCCACAGCAGCUCGGGUCGGCGGCAGCAGUAUGUGGUAUAGGAGGGUUUCUUACGACUCGAUG